AUUUGUAGUGGCAGCUGCUACCUUUGAGCUUGUGUGGGUUCGUCAUCUAUUAGCUGAACUUGGGCUUCCCUGUUCCACUUCUCUAGAACUUUUUUGUGACAAUGUCGAUGCCACUUCUCUCAGUUUGAAUCCUGUUAUGCACCCUCGAAUGAAACAUAUCACCAUUGACUUGCAUUUCAUCCGAGACUUGGUUGACAAAUGGAUCCUGCAUGUUUCUCACAUCUCCUUUCAAGAUCAACUUGCAGAUGGUCUCACUAAGCCUCUUGCUUCUGCUCACUUCUCCAGUUUACAAUCCAAGAUCGGUGUUGCUACUGGCACCAUCGUCUUAAGGGGGCGUAUCACGGAAAGUAAAUCUGCAUCUUUGAAUUCAUAGAUCUAGUGAAUCUGUUUUGAUAUAAUUGUGUAUAUAUUAUAUAUAUUUUCUUUCCUAUUUUACUAAGAUACAAAUUGUUGUCCUGUAUAUCUUGUACUGUUAUUGGAUUACAAUAAAUCAAUGAGAAAGUC